AUGUACGACGACGACGGAGCCACGGCGGACCAAAAGAUGGAGGACGACAGAAGCGUGAUAGAGGCGGAUGGCAUCAACGGCGAGCAGGUCAUCGCGACGGCCGGGGGCAUAGGCGUCGGCGUCGGGAUCGGGAUCGGCGGCUCAGGGUCCGGCGCCGGGGGUGGCGCGGGUCUGGCCGGAUAUUGGCAACACGCCACCACCGCCACCGGUUAUUGGCCGUCGCUGUUCGACUGCUGGGCCACGCCGCCUAUCACUUCCGGCUCGCAGACACUCUCUCUGCCGCGGGACGAGAACUGA